AGCGCGCCUCCAAAUCUCACUGCUCUACCUGUUCCCAAAAAUGAUGGAUAGUUGUCGAACCAAACCAGUUGGCUUCUUUUUGGAUGAACUCGCUUCUUCCGAAACUUGGUUCCGCGUGAUGACUAUUUAAUAUAAAAGCCCAAUCACUUCUGAACAGCUCCAUCAAAGUCGGUUCAAACUUCCUUCUAGAUAGUUGUACUUUUUAACUCUUAAAUUAUUUUUCAGAAUGAGGGUUACAAUCGCUGCGGUUAUGGUUUUUGUCCUGUGCGGACUCUGCAUGGCUGAGUAUAGUGAUAAGCAACAGGCAGCUCUUAACGAUGUGGCCACCAAGUGUAAGGAGAAGCUCGAUCUUCCGGAGGAUUCCGACAUUCCCAAAGCUGUCCAGUAUGGCGACUUUGCUGAAAAUGGUGAUCUCAAGAAGAAAUACGUCUGCUGCACCAUGCGAAUGAUGAACUUCAUCGACGAGCAGGGCACGAUCCAGAAGGAAGUGCUGGUGGACUUCCUGACCGACAAGUUCGACCGCAAACUGUCCACCGAAGUGGUCGAAAAGUGCGCCACCGUCGAGGGCGAAUCCGUCGGGGAAAAGGCCAACGCAUUCUUCAAGUGUUUCUUCCUGUCCAAGUCCUUCGACAUCUAAAGAAGUGUAGAGUAGACGCGGAUAAUAAAGUGCAAACGAAGCUCGAAA